AUUGUCCUUGGGGUCCAAAUUUCAUAAUAAUAAUUAUUCAGAGAAAGGGGUUCAAAGGUCCCCCCAUCAUCGCCUCACCUUACAACUUUUACGCGGCGAUAACACGGUUUAUUUAAAAUUAGAACCUGUAUAAUAGACACAGUACUACUGGAUAAUGGCCGAACCAGUUAUGAAUGGAAAUCUUGCUGUAAAACAUGAGGGCGAGCUUAGUAUACGCGAAAGCAAGUCAUCUAAGGUUACUGGACUGGAUGACUUUCAAGAAGUAACUAUUCCAGUUCCUUGGGGACAUAUCGCAGGUAAAUGGUGGGGCCCACAAAACACCCAACCGAUAAUAGCAAUUCACGGUUGGCAAGACAACUGUGGAACCUUCGAUAAGGUGGCCCCGCUAUUGAAGGCUCGUGGGCACUCUGUGCUGUGUAUCGACUUGCCUGGGCACGGAUUUUCUUCACAUUUGGCCGAAGGGCAUAAGUAUUAUAUCUGGUGGGAUGGGGUGCACUAUCUACGAAGGAUAGUGAAAUAUUUUAAAUGGUCCGACAUAAUUGUGCUGGGCCAUUCUUUGGGUGGGGGAAUCGCCUUUCUGUAUGCCGCGGUCUAUCCUAAAGAAGUGAGGAAGUAUAUUAGUAUUGAUCUUGCCAGUCCAUCAGUGAGAGACCUGAAAAAGAGCUGUGAUGUCUUAGGUUACGCUAUAGAUAAGUUUUUAAGUUACGAGAUGCUUACCCAGGACUCGGUUCCUUGUUACCCUUACAACGAGAUGUUGGAUAUUUUAGUAGAUGCCCAUAAAGGUUCGGUGACUCGCGAAGGCUGUGAAAUUUUACUUAAAAGAGGCAUGAAACCUGCCAAAGACAAAGAGGGACAUUUCUACUUCACCAGAGACCCCAGGCUCAAGUUGUCCGCUUUGGGGUUCUUGACUUUGGAGCAAGUCAUGGAGUUGGCUUCCCGAAUAAUUUGUUAUGAAUAUUCGAGCGAAAACGGGCCUAAAAACCGACGCGCCCCAAAACUACGACCUGGUUCUGGAUAAAAUCUCGGAAUCGGCGAAAAAAGUGGAGAGACACGUGGUGGAGGGCACGCACCACCUACAUUUGAACGACGGCAACUCGGUUGCCGGUGUUAUACACGAUUUUCUAAUAUCCUAAACGUGUAUUUCACGUUUAUCUUCAACGGCUAAAACAUUAUAAUGUAUAAUACUAAAAGUAUUGACACAAGUGAUAAGUAGUUUAGGGGGGCACAAGCAUCGUUUUUGUUAUUUUAUUAUAAAUACAUUUAUUGUAAUUGUAAAUUAUUGACUUUUGUGUAUGUUUUGGCUCAUACACUUUAGGUGAAAUCUAUAUUGUUGUAGUUACCGAUUUUGUUGGAUAUUACGUUACACUUUCAGUAAAUAUCAAUUUACAAAACACUAUGUCAUAUGUUCAAUUAUUAAAAAGAAGAAGAAGAAAAUCUAUUGAAUCUA